GAACAAUGCGCGUAUCUCUACUCUUGACCUAGUCUGUCAAGUCGUUCUUUAAUCCCACACUCGUUUGAUUGCCAUUUCGCCUGUCUUUCGUUUCUUUCUUCUCAGCCAACUUUUGCAAAAUCACUACAAUUCGCUUUAUAUGAGACCACAAACUAUUUAAUAAUCUUGAUUCUCCCAUCGAGCCAGCUAUUACUGGAAUGUUGCACACACAACUGCCAACGGCCCCCAAACAUGCCGGACCUCCAUCGCAGACCGUCGAGACUGACCUCCCUCCUACCAGGCCAGCAGCGCCCGGCCCAGGUCCAGCCCAUCGCUUCUACAAAUCAAUAGACAGCGUCAGCCGAGCCGACUCCCCAACCCCAGAAGAACCAACAGAAGUACCAAACGAAGCUGAAAUCCAAGCCUCCCUAGAAGACACCCGCCGAGGAGCGCUCCACACCCUCGCACUCUGCCAGAAUGUCAUCACGACCCUCGAACUAACCCGCCUCCGCAAGUCCCGCACAGGCGUCUUCUACUGGCUCGCCUUCUGGGAGCGACUCUACCCACGGGCUUUCGCACGCACGCUCGCCUCCCGCGUCACCGGCGCCCUCACCAAAACCGACAUCCUAUUCCGCACUGUUGCAAGCGAACUCCACCAGAUCACGCAGCGCAUCGAAUACGCGGUGGCGCACGCCCUCACGGAGAAAGAAAUCCUCCUUCUCCUCGAACAGAUGGAAGACGAGGUCGGCGCGCGCCGCAGACGACGUCGCAAAAAGGCCCAGGCGAUUUUGAACAAGAUGCGCGCGCAUGUCGAGGCUAUCCCCGUUAAGGUGAGCGAUGAGCUCUUCGAUGACAUGAAGCGCGGCGUCUUUGCGCUGGAUGUCUUUUGCGAUUAUCAUCCUGGAGAUCCGGUGGCCGAGGAGCAUGAGUCGAUGUGGCCAGAGUAUUUUGUGCAGCAGUCGAAUGUCGGCAUGGUGGCUGUUUCGCCGUAUCUUUAUCGGCAGUGGCAGCAGGAGACAACGUCUGCUUCGGCUGCAUCGGGGUCUUACAUGCCUUUGGUGGCUUAUACGGGGAAUAAUUCUUCGGUGGAGUAUAUGGAGGAGAGUGAAUAUUGGAGGCCUUCGGAAAGUCGGGCGGCGAGGCGUUGGUGAGAUUGGAUUGGAUUGGGGGUUGGGGGUUUUUUAUUGUUUUUUUCCCUGGAGUUGUGGUUCGGAUAAAUGGUUCGUUGCUUCGUAAUGGUUUAGAUCCAUGAUUCGAA